AUGAGUGAACGUCCAAAUUCACUACCGGAGCCUAUCCCCGGCCGGCUUCGGGGUAAAAUCGCUCUGAUCACAGGCGCCGCGGGGAACAUUGGCUAUGAGACAGCGCGCCGGUUUCUGCUCGAAGGCGCCAAGGUCGCUCUCGUUGACAUUGAUGCCACGAAACUAAGCGACGCCGAGAAGAAAUUGCACGAUGCUGUGCCUGAGGCUGCUGCGACUGGCGACAAAAAAACAUUGGCCAUCAAGGCCGAUGUGACGGCGGAAGAAGACGUGAAAAAGUAUGUAGAUGAGACUGUUGCCCAUUUCGGUGGAUUAGAUGUUGCUUUUCUCUCUGCUGGCAUGUCUUAUUCGGCCACGAGUAUUCUCGAUACGGAAGUGGAUCUGUGGGAUAAGGUUAUCAAUGUGAAUACGCGGUCUGCUUUCCUAGGCGUCAAGCACGCUGGACGCGCCAUGCGCGAUGCUGGGAAAGGAGGAAGUAUUGUGCUCGCAUCGUCCAUCGCCGGCCUGCGUGCAACACCAGGUCUUGUGGCCUAUUCAAGUGCCAAAUACUCGCUGCGCGGUCUAUGUCUCACGGCAGCAGCAGAGCUGGGUCAGUACAAAAUACGGGUAAACACGGUUCAUCCAUGCGGCGUCAACACGCCCAUGUUCCAGGCAGCAUGGCCACCGGAGAGAAUGAAGCAGAUGCUGUCAACCGUACCAUUAGCCCGGUGGGCAGAGGUUGAGGAUGUGGCAGCUCUGGUGUCAUUCCUUGCCAGUGAUGAUGCUCAAUUUUUGACUGGCGGCGCACUUAAAGUCGAUGGAGGUAUCGUUUCAUCUUAA